GUGAAGGAGAGUCAGAAAAAUGUUCCGAAGCUCGAGAAGAGGAGACGGACGAACAGCCUCCGGUGCAACCUUACAUUGAGGGAAGAAAGCUGGCUCUGACGUGCGGCGGGCUUUUGAUAGCAAUAUCUAUCGCGUCUAUAGACGUGACUAUCGUCGGCACUGCGACUGCAACGAUAGUAUCGGAGUUUCAUGCGCUCGAGAUGGUUUCCUGGAUAUCUACAGCAUACUUCUUGACAAAGACUGUCGCCACCCUUCCCGUCGGUCAAAUCCUAACCCUGUACUCAACUAAACGCGUGUACGUUUCUGGAAUCUUGAUUUUUGAGCUGGGGAGUCUUCUUUGUGCAGUUUCAACCUCCAUGCCAUUUCUCAUUGUUGGGAGGCUGAUAGCCGGGAUUGGCGCUACAACCGUCAAUGUUGCUGCGAUUUGGUUGAUAGCGCAGAUUGCACGGCUGGAAAUCCGCCCCAUACUUUUUGGUAUGAUCGCGCUCAUGGAAACUAUUGCAUGUACGAUAGGUCCCAUUAUCGGUGGUGCAUUUUCUGAAAAGGUGACAUGGCGUUGGUGCUUCUACGUAAACCUACCGAUCGGCGGCCUGGCUCUCGCAAUAUCUUACUUCAUGCCUGGCGAGAACGCACCGAAAAAAGCCUCCUCUGACAAGACUUUGGCUGCUAAGUUUCUAGAGAUCGACUGGAUCGGAUGCCUUAUCUCAAGCGGCAUGAUCAUCGCGUUUCUUUUCCCCUUGCAGCUUGGCGGUAACACGUAUCCGUGGAAGUCUGCUUCAGUCAUUACCCCGCUCAUACUCUCUGCGGUUGGGAUAGCUUCGUUUCUUGCUUGGCAGCGUAUCAAGGGUGCGCGGGCAAUCUUGCCAUGGAGUAUUCUCAGAAAAUCCAUCCUCGGUUCUUCUUUUGUUUCGUUUUGGACGUACUGGGCGCUAUUCGAUCAAAUUUAUUACAUUCCGCUUUGGUAUCAAGUACAAGGGCGUACUGCGCUUCAAUCAGGAAUUGACACCCUUCCGUUCCUCUUAUCCAGCUGCCUCGCUCCUGUAUUUGCGGGACUGUUCUCUAAGAAAACUGGCUAUUACUGGCCUAUAAUGGUCAUAUUUCCGUUGCUCAGCUCUAUAGGGACGGGGCUCAUGUACACAAUGGGCCCUGCCUCGUCGCGCACGCGAAUGAUUGGCUACCAGAUCAUCAGUGGUAUUGGUACAGGAGCGACGUUACAAUUACCCGAUGUUUCUAUUCAAGCAGAGCUGGCGCAUGAGUCCCAGUUAAUACCACAAGCAACUGGGCUGAUGGCGUUGGUGCAGGGAAUAGGAGCAUUGAUUGGGCUAGCAAUAUCAGCCGCUGUAUUCCUCAACCAACUUACCAUCGACCUUCGCGCCACAGCCCCGUUUCUCUCCGAGACUGUGGCAAAGGAACUACAGCAAAGUAUUGCUUACAUAUUCACGCUUCCAGCUUCCGAGCAGGACUUGGUUGUCCAAGCGUAUAUCAAAAGUUUAAAUCUGGUUUUCAUUGCUCAGGUGCCGGCUGGGGUAUUGGCCUCCUUGACAUCGUUGACGAUGAUACGGAACUACAAUCUGAAACACAGGGGAAGAGGAGCUGGAAGUGCUGACGAGCGCAUGGAUGCAUGAGCUACAGGUCAGAUUAGCCUUGACAGCUUACAGAGCUUCAAUUCCUAUAUUUCAGCCGUGUGCUAUGGCUACUGCGAUGGUGUGUGGAGUCCGCAGUCAUCGCUUGAACUAUUUUUUAAACAUUAAUGAAGAUAUAAGAGGCGUACAUGUGCACUAGUGAGCGUUAG